AUGGCUGGUGGUUUCCUUGCGUACCACGAACCUGGUAUUGUCGAGAUCCUAAUCAUUAUCUCGUUCUUUUUCUUCUUAUCUCUGGCUGAAUAUGUCUCUGCUAAGAUCAUUCGUGCCGGUAUCAUUGGCCAAAUAGCUGUCGGUAUUAUCUAUGGAAAGCCUCUGGCAAAUAUCCUGGAGAUGCCAUGGCAGGAAACAUUCCUCGCCGUUGGUUAUGUUGGCUUGAUUUUGAUCAUCUUCGAGGGUGGACUCACUGUUCGACUUGACCUCAUGAAACAAAACUUCCUUGUCAGUUGUCUCGGAGCUGCAACAGGUGUUUGUUUCCCCAUUGGGCUAUCUUACCUGCUUUUGUAUCUUGGAUAUGGAUAUGGCGCAGUCGAAACAUUCAUCAUUGGAGCCGCAUUAUCUGCGACUUCCCUAGGAACUACUUUUGCUGUGAUUUCGUCGGCUGCCAAGUCCAUAGAUCUUUCUCAGACUAAAGUAGGGUCAAUUCUUGUCAGUGCUGCUGUAAUCGAUGAUGUUGUGGGCCUUGUUCUAUCCAGUAUUAUCAGUCAAUUGCGUGAACUCUCUGGUCCCGGCGCAGGCGAUGUCAAUCUUGGUUGGAUAAUUGGUCGCCCAAUCGUGGCUUCUUUUGCCAUGGCUGUUCUUACUCCCAUUCUCACCAAAUGGUUCUUUGCGCCUGUGUUUCGACGAUGGAUUGAACAUUCUUUUGCGAAAUACGACCACAUUUCUAACUUCAUCUUAAUGGUCUUGGUGCUAUCGGCAUUUAUCAGUAUCGCUGCAUACGCGGGCACCUCGGUUCUAUUCGGCGCUUUUCUUGCGGGCACAUUCCUUACCUACUUGCCGAGCAAGCACCCCGAAGGCCCUUUCGUUGUUCUAAAUCGCGAGGAGGGGGAACGCGAAGCUAACAAAAGCCCUACCUUUGUCCACACCUUUGAAUGCUAUCUUCUGGAUGUUCAGAAGUACCUCAUGGAACCUCUUUUCUUUGCUAGUAUUGGAUUUGCAAUUCCAUUCGUGUCACUAUGGACAGGUGAAAGGAUAUGGAAAGGCAUCCUAUACACGCUUCUUAUGAUGUUUGCCAAGUUCGUGGUUGGCGUAUGGGUUCCUCUCUGGAAGUUCCUAACACCAUCAAAGACAAAGCAAGGUCCCAAAGAGAAAGUCAAUCUCCGCGAACAAGCAGAUAAUUCUACUGAAGUCGAGAAGAGCAAACAUGGCUACGGUGCCGCAUCUCUUGCUGGAUUAUUGCUCGGCUCAGCCAUGGUGGCGCGUGGGGAGAUUGGCCUUUUGAUCAUUGAGAUUGGCUACAAUGAAACACCGUACGUGACUGAGGAGGGCUUUAUCACUGCCAUCUGGGCAAUCCUGCUAAACACCAUCGUCGGACCUGUCGUCGUAGGUUGUCUUGUCAAAUUCUAUGGCAAGAAGAUUGGAGAGGGUGAAUGGGGAUUACAGCGGACAGAAAUAACGCGAACAGAAGACGACCAUCCUGUAUAA